GAAACGCACUGCGAGCAUCUUCCCCAACCUCCAACUUCCGGAGCUUUCGCCGUUGACUCACAUAGAUAAUUUCUCGUGGAUAGGAGCUAGCUCGACGGGUUCCCUAGUUCGCUGUCAGUCUGCGGUAUUUGUUUAGGAGCUUCCGGCCAGUCUAAAAAACACCCCACACCGGCAGGAGUUUCCGCAUUCCCCUUGCCCUGCCAAUCAACCCCAUAUAUGCUGGUAGUCGUAUACCUCUAACUGCCUGUGUAUGCUCGAAGCUCGAGCAUUUGCGUGUUAUCCUCGCGACUCUAUCUUCCUUGACUCGGCUCUACUACUUUUAACCAUGAGUUUUUAAAGACCUACUGAACAACAGUUCUCUAGCUCUGGUGCCAUCCACACAAGUAACCUGUCUUGAAAUAAAUGUGUCUUCUCUCUCCCCUGAUCAGCUCUCCGGAUAUCCCAUCUGCACAGUAGCCUGCGGAAAUUGCGUGCUCUUCUUUGUUACUGGGCACUCAAGUGUGGUGCGUCCCUGGGAGUGGCUGGUUCAUUCACUGCGAAUCUUGAAACAUCAGCACUCUCUUCCUUUAUCUGGACCCUUGAUUAGUGUUUGACAAACAAAGAGUUGAACAUAUGGAGCCGGCAGGACAUAACGCGCAGGCGAAGCCGGGGCAGGUUUCCACCGGCAAACCUCAAGAUGCCAAACCCCGUCUGUUGUUGAUGGGUCUCCGACGGAGUGGGAAAUCAUCGAUCGCUAGUGUCGUUUUCCACAAGAUGCCUCCUAACGAAACACUCUUUCUGGAAUCAACUACUCGCAUUCAGAAGGAUUCCAUCCAUUCGUUCAUGGACUUCCAGGUUUGGGACUUUCCUGGUCAGCUUGAGUACCUGGAGCCAUCUUUCGAUCUUGAAGACAUUUUCGGAAGCCUUGGAGCACUCGUGUGGGUCAUUGAUGCACAGGAUGACUACCUGGACUCGGUCGCACGCCUGAAUCGAACCAUCUUGACUGUCCAGCAGUACUACCCUAACAUCAACAUCGAAGUCUUCAUUCACAAGGUUGAUGGGCUCUCGGAAGAAUACCGCACCGAUACAUUCCAGGAUAUCGUACAGCUCAUCUCAGAUGAACUUAGUGAUGCUGGAUAUGAAAAUGCGCCUGUUCACUACUACCUCACGUCUAUCUAUGAUUAUUCCGUCUUUGAGGCCUUUAGCAAGGUGAUCCAGAAGCUGAUCCCAAAUCUAUCGACUCUGGAGAACCUAAUCAACACACUCGGCAAUAAUUGUGGAUUUGAGAAGACUUAUCUGUUUGAUGUUCUCAGCAAGAUCUACAUUGCGUCUGAUACUCGCCCAGUUGAUAUGUCCUGCUAUGAAAUGUGCUCGGACUAUAUCGAUGUGAUUGUGGACAUCUCAGAACUCUACUCAUGGGACCACCCCGACCGCAAGCCAAAAGGCGAGCAAAAUCAUGAGGCAGAGAGCCAUGUGGUUCUGCACGACGAGACCAUGAUCCACUUGAUGGAAAUGAACAAAUAUCUUUGUCUCGUGUCCGUCAUACGCAAUCCUGAGGCGAAGGAGAAGAAGGGUUUGAUUGACAUGAAUUGCCGCACUUUCCAGGAGGCUCUCAAUGAUGUCUUUUCUCGCAGUUGGGAACAGGAUCAGGAAGGGUCCGAGCAGGGUCAGGUGACGGAGCAUGGCGAGCCAAGCUCGAAUAACUGAUAUUAAAAAUGUUUCUGCUAUGGCGUUGGAACAUCUACGGAGUAGUAGUUCACUAUUUGCCUAGUUUAGCACCUCGUAUCCUAAGUGCAAUACCAGUUUCUGUGUCG